UAGAUUCGAGAUCUCUGGACUCCUGGCCACCCACUUGUUGUUGAAAAUGUUGGAAGUCAAGCACCCCUGGAAACGGGAUUGGCUCUAGAUCCCAGGGGACACAGGAUGCUGGGGUUACGUUGGAGCUUAUGCUGUAUCUUCUAACCCUGCCACAAGGAAUCCCAACUUCUUGAAGUACAUUCUCUUCUCACAGCAAAGUCCAGCCAGGCAUGGUGGUGCACGCCUGUAAUCCCAGCACUCGGGAGGCUGAGGCAGUAGGGGCAGUAGGAUCACCAUGAGUGAGUUCAAGGACUGUAAAAUGAGACUCUAUCUCCAAAUAAAGCAAAGUCCUGAGACUGCCAGGAUCACAGUCACCUGGGAUGCUGGUUAAAAUGCAGGUUCUGGUUAGACCUACUGGACCUACAGAGAGAACCUGGGAUGGAGCUGGAGCUGGAGGAUGUGGUAUCUUGAAUUUUCAUUUCAAACAAACAUCUCCCAUCCAUCCUUAGGCAAUACCGUCCUAGGAGAUUGGAGAGAAGUUUCUCCAACAAGAAAAUUGAGGUCUAGGAGGGCCCUGGCCUGAGUGAGCAGGAACGGGAGUUGUUCCUACCCCCCAUCCCUCUGCAUUGUUUGUGGUGGGGUUGCUAGGGGAACCAGGCUGUGUAACUUCCUGGCUUUGGUGGUUUUCCCCUCCUUGGCUUUAUCGCUGCAUCCGGCACCGAGGCCAGGGGCUGUGUUGGUCACGUAGGAGGGACAGCUGUGCCAGGCCCGUGGAGGCAUGUCAAGGACACCAGGGUUGGGAGGAAAAUCAUAACUCCUGAAAAACAUACAAACUCGUAAGUGUUAAAAGGCAAGUUCUCCAAAGCCAGCUCCACAGAUUUCGAUUUCAGAUGGUCUAAGCCCCUAAGCGCAAAAGGUAUCCUGAGCACCUCUUCUACUGCUUCCAAUAGAUCACGAAAUAGAACUCGAUAUCGGACCAAAGCCAUGAACUCUGAGGUAGAUGAGAGCCUCUUUGGAGGUGUCAAGCCCCCAGCCCAGGGCCAGAGCGACAGCCCCAUUGUGCUGCUGCGAGAUAAGCAGACCAUCCGGAAAACUCUCACUGCCCUGGGCCCGGACCACAAGCCAGAGACCAUCCAGCUCAUCACCAGGGACAUGGUUCGAGAACUCAUUGUUCCCACAGAGGACCCCUCCGGGGACUCCCUAAUCAUCAGCUCGGAGGAGUUUGAGCGGAUCAAAAGGGCUUCCCACGUUCUGACCAGAAAAGAGUUGGAGGCCAGGGAGCAGGCCUCCAAGAAGGAGAAGGAAGCCACUGUGGAUGCGGUGACCACACGCAAGAAGAUCAUGAAACAGAAGGAAAUGGCGAGGAAGAACAAUAAGAAGCUCAGUGACCUGGAGGAGGAGGCCAAGGAGCGGGCCCAGGAGCUCCUGCAGAGAGCCAGCAAGCUGCGCAUGGAGCAGGAAGAGGAGCUCAAGGACAUAAACAAGAUUAUCCUCAAUGCCAAGUGCCAUGCCAUCCAGGAUGCCCAAAUCCUGGAGAAGCAGCAGAUACAAAAAGAGCUGGAUGCAGAGGAGAAGCGGUUGGAUCAGAUGAUGGAAGUGGAGCGGCAGAAAUCCAUUCAAAGGCAGGAAGAGCUGGAGAGGAAGAGGAGGGAGGAAAGAAUACGAGGAAGGCAGCACAUUGUGGAGCAGAUGGAAAAGAACCAGGAGGAGCGCUCACUGCUUGCGGAGCAGCGGGAGCAGGAGAAGGAGCAGAUGCUGGAGUACAUGGAGCAGCUCCACGAGGAGGAUCUGCGGGACCUGCAACAGAGACACCAGCAAAGGCUGAAGAUGCAGGCUGAGAUUCAGCACAUCAAUGAUGAAAACCAGCGGCAGAAAGCACAGCUGCUGGCUCAGGAGAAGCUGGCAGACCAGAUGGUGAUGGAGUUCACCAAGAAGAAGAUGGCUCGAGAAGCAGCAUUUGAGGCUGAGCAGGAGAGAAUCCGGAGAGAAAAAGAGAAGGAGAUUGCCCGCCUCAGGGCCAUGCAGGAAAAGGCCCAGGAUUAUCAGGCAGAACAGGAUGCCUUGCGGGCCAAGCGGAACCAAGAGGUUGUGGACCGAGAGUGGCGCAGAAAGGAAAAGGAAAAUGUACAGAAGAAGAUGGAAACUGAGGCUAAGCUGCGGAAAAGUCGCCUGGAACAGGUGGCUUUCAAGGAGCAUGCUCUGGCUGUUCAGGUGCAACGGGACCGGGAUGAGUUUGAGCGGAUUCUCCGGGCGCAGAGAGAGCAGAUGGAGAAGGAGCGGCUGGAGGAGGAGAAGAAGGCCACAGGGCGCUUGCAGCAUGCCAACGAGCUCCGGCGCCAGGUGCGUGAGAACCAGCAGAGGCUGGUGCAGAACCGGAUUGCCACCUUCGAGGAGGGCCAGCGCCUCGAAGAGGAGGCCCAGAAGCAGCAGGAGCGCAUUAAGGACAUCAAGAGGAAGAAACUUGAAGAGCUGAGAGCCUCCGGCCUUCCUGAGAAGUACUGCAUUGAAGCCGAACGCAAAGCUAACAUCCGGCCAGCAGCUCUGAACUGA